UUGUUGUUUUUAACAAGGAUUCAUGAACACCUGCCUAGAGUGGGAUAGUCUUUGUGGGUAUUGUGGGAGAUAUGAAGCCACCCAACAUGAUUAGUAAGCUAUCUUUACAGAGAAAACUGAAGGCUUGGCGGAAGUAAGAGGCCUGCUUCAUGUUGUUCAUCUGUUUUUUCUUGGAGGCCAGACUUAAACCCCAGGUUUGAGCCUCUACGAUGCAGGCCCCAGACUCCAGGUCUGUGCACCUGAGUGAAUGGCAGAAAAACUACUUCACAGUGACAUCUGGUACGUGUACAGCUGAGGAGAAGGCGGAUGCCUACCGAGCGCAGAUAUUGCGCAUUCAGUACGCGUGGGCAAACUCCGAGAUCUCCCAGGUCUGUGCUUCCAAACUGUUCAAGAAAUACGCAGAGAAGUAUUCUGCAAUCGUCGAUUCUGACAAUGCGGAGACUGGCUUGAAUAACUAUGCAGAGAGCAUUUUACCGUCAGUAAGAGCUCAGCAAACUCACAGCGACCAGUGGCAGUCUGGCUUGUCAGUAAGUAAUGUUUUCCAGAUGCGUGAAGUGCAGGAGAUGGUGCGGGCCGGCCAGAAGCUCAGAGACUCCCUGCUGGCCCCUGCAGAGGCUUCGGUAGUAAUCCAUAAAGGGUCCGUGGUCUCUGAUCCUCCGAGAUUUAGCGUUUGUGGUUCUGGGGAGAAUGAGCUAUCGACUAAGCCAGCUCAUGGGACGGAGAGGACCCGGGACAUCCCAGAGAGCAGUCCGUGGGGCCCUCAGAAUGCCCAGCCACCUGUGGCGAUCAACACCCCAAAGCCGUGUCCCACGUUCUCUGCGCCUUUUGGUGACUUAGCCACACCAUUAUUUGGAAACAUCAGAAAGGAAAACAACAGCUCUCCGAAAGCCAGCAUAGGACUGAGCAUGCUCCCAUCCCAUCAGCCCCGCUGUCCCCCUGGCAGGGAAAACCCCCGGGACAGGAACACCCUGCCUGGUCCCAGCACUGCUGACGGCGCACUUUCUGUCCCGGCCCCGAGUAAGGCCCUGAGUGACACGGGACCCAGUGGCCACAGAGAGGAAAGCAGUCUGCCCGCCUUUAAGACGGCCAAAGAACAGCUAUGGGUCGAGCAACAAAAAAAGUGCCACCAGCCCCCACGUGCGUCAGCGUCUUCCUAUGGUGGCGUAAAAAAGUCUCUGGGAGCCAGUAGGUCCCGAGGGAUUUUUGGGAAGUUUGUCCCUCCUGUGCCUAAGGCAGACGGGGGGGACCCGAAUGGCGGCAUGCAGUAUAAACCUGAUGGCGCCGGGCCCACAGAACCAGCGCCCCCCGGUGAUGAGCGUCUGAAGAGCUUGGAGCCAAAAAUGAUCGAACUGAUUAUGAGUGAGAUUGUGGACCACGGGCCUCCCGUGAGCUGGGAAGACAUUGCCGGGGUGGAAUUCGCUAAAGCCACCAUCAAGGAGAUAGUUGUGUGGCCCAUGAUGAGGCCGGACAUCUUCACUGGUUUGCGAGGGCCGCCGAAAGGAAUCCUGCUCUUUGGUCCUCCGGGGACUGGGAAAACCUUGAUUGGCAAGUGUAUCGCGAGUCAGUCUGGGGCCACCUUCUUCAGUAUUUCUGCCUCCUCCUUGACCUCCAAGUGGGUGGGUGAGGGGGAGAAGAUGGUCCGAGCCUUGUUUGCUGUUGCAAGGUGUCAGCAGCCAGCCGUGAUAUUCAUUGAUGAAAUUGACUCCUUGUUAUCCCAGCGGGGAGAUGGUGAGCAUGAGUCUUCUCGGAGGAUAAAAACUGAGUUCCUGGUUCAGUUAGACGGAGCGACCACGUCUUCCGAAGAUCGCAUUCUGGUUGUGGGAGCAACCAACCGGCCUCAGGAAAUCGACGAGGCUGCCCGGAGGAGGCUGGUGAAGAGGCUCUACAUCCCCCUCCCAGAAGCAGCAGCCCGGAAGCAGAUAGUGACCAAUCUGAUGUCCAGGGAGCAGUGCUGCCUCCGGGAGGAGGAAGUCGAGCUGAUAGUGCAGCGCUCGGAAGGCUUCUCGGGCGCCGACAUGACACAGCUGUGCAGGGAGGCGUCCCUCGGGCCCAUUCGCAGCCUGCAGACCGCCGACAUCGCCACAAUAGCAGCAGACCAGGUCCCACCCAUAGCGUAUGUGGACUUUGAAAAUGCGUUCAGAACUGUGCGGCCUAGCGUGUCUCCAAAAGAUCUAGAGCUUUAUGAAAACUGGAACAAAACCUUUGGUUGUGGCAAGUAAACGGGACACUCACGACUGGAGGAAGCCAUCUUUGUGGUGCCACCUCCCCCAUUGCUGAGCACGAGGACCUGGGUGUCAUACGUGCUCCGCAGUGUGUGUCCAGAGUGCCCACCCGCAGGUGGGACAGCAGCGUGAUCACGGCGUACAGCUGGGCUGGAUGAAGCUCGUCUUCUCCCAGUGAACACCUGACGUGUGCUCCUGUUUGCCCACCGCCGAGGGCCUUUCGUCCUGUCUCCAGCAGGUCUUCCUUGUCCAGAUGUGUCCUGGGACAGGAAGUGAGCCCAAAUGGAAACUCUGCAUCUUGCUUGUAAAUGAGGAUGUGUGAUUUGAUAUGUCUUCCUGCAGCGUAGUGGUUUACAUUCGAGAUAGAGCGCUGCUAACUUGCUCAGGGUUUACGGUCACACCAGUGCUGGAGGGAAAGCGCCAGUUUCUACUCCUGUAAGCUCUCCUGUCACCUUCUCCUAGCAGAUCUAAUAAAACUCGUUCAGCAAGAACAAAGUGCAGUCUAACCUCAGAUGGACCACAGAAGCAGA